GCACAAUGAUAGAAGGAACCGUAAACUCAAAUAGUGUUGGAGAUUAUAGAUACUUUCGUAGGAUUAUGAUGUUUGAAGUGGAAGAUGCUUUAAAAAAGAUGAAAACAAGAAAGACCCUUGUACUAGGUGGUAUAUCAAUAGAGGUUUGGAACUAUAUGCGGGAUAUUGGGUUACUUUGGUUGACAAAGUUGUUCAUGAAGAUUGCAAGAUCGAAGAAAAAUGCUAGAUGAAUGGAGGAAAAGUACCGUGGUACCUAUUUAUAAGAAUGAAGGAGACAUGCAAAGUUGACUUAACUAUCGUGAGAUUAAACUUAUGAGCCAUAUGAUGGAACUUCGAGAGAGUUUGAUUGAGCAAAGACUAAGCCAUGGGACAAAUGUAUCAGAAAAUUAGUUUGGUUUCGUGCCAAGGAGAUCUUCCACUGAAGAUAUUUUCCUACUUAGGCCAUUGAUGGAGAAAUGUAGAGAGAGGAGGAAGGAUCUCUACAUGGUCUUUAUUGACUUAAAAAAAGCAUACAAUAGGGUCCCUAGAGAGUUAAUCUGGUGGAUGUUUGGAAAGAAAGGAGUUUUAAGAGGAUAUAUUGACGUGAUUAAGGAUAUGUAUGAGGGAGCAAUAACAAAUGUGAGGACCAUUGGUGGAGAGACAAGUGGGUUCCCAAUUAUUGUUGACUUGCACCAGGGGUCGACAUUGAACCCAUGCCUUUUUGCAUUGGUUACAGAUGAGUUGAUGCGGCAUCUGUAGGAAGAGAUCCUAUGGUGUAUGUUGUUUGCAAAUGAUAUAAUUUUGAUUGACAAGACAAGGAAAGGUGUAAGCACAGUGAUAGAUUUAUGGAGGGAUGCUUUAGAAUAUAAAGGAUUUAAAAGUAAUGGGACUAAAACAAAGUACAUGGAGUCCAAUUUUAAUAUCAAUAGGAGUGAAAAUGGGGAAUUAGUUCAGAUUAUUCACCAAGAAGUUUCCCAAAAUGACCACUUCCAAUACCUUGGGUCAAUAGUCCAUGCGAGUGAUCUUUCAAAAUAAAAAAAAUAAUAACAAUAAUAAUUCAUGAGAGUGGAGAGAUUGAGAAGAACGUUGCCCAUAUAAUUCAAGUUUGGUGGAAGGCAUGGAGGUGUGCCUUUGGAGUUUUAUGUGAUCGUCGCAUGCCGCUCAAAUUGAAAAGGAAAUAUUUUAAGAUAGCUAGAAGCCCAGCCAUGCUUUAUGGGCUCUCAGAAUGUUGGGCAGUUAAGGAACAAACAUGUUCAUAGUCUGAGUUUAGCUGAAAUGUGGAUGUCGUGAUGUAGCACCAAUAGGUAAUAACAUGAGGGAAAGUAGACUUGGAUGGUUUGGUCGUGCACAACAGAGCCCAAGAACCGCGCUGGUUAGGAGUGAGUUGGUAGAAUUUGAAGGCUCUGAAAGGUAAAGGGGAAGGCCCAAAAGGAUAUGGAUGGAGUGGAAUGGCGGAACAAGAUUCAUGUAGCCAAGCCCAUUUAAUAAGGGCUUAGAUGGCAAUGAUGAUGGUUCCUCACUGAAUGUGGACCACUGCUAUAUUUAUUUUCUUAACCAUCUAUUUGCUGGCCACGGAUCAAAGUGUUAUGCACUUAUGGUUGUCCCAUUAAAUUGAUCUAUGGAGCACAACACAUGCAUGUUGGUGCUCAUCAGUUGAACACUCUAAAUCACUGGAUAGCAAGCUACUCUUUUACAAACUUAGGACAAGAGGAUACCAGUCAUAUCCUCGGGCCGAGGAUCAUAUUGUUGAGGAUUUCUUCUUAUGUUGCAAUAUAGGCCUCGAUUUUGGACAAGAAGUGGCAUUGAUAAGAACAAAGCACUGGUGGAGCAUUUGCAGCAGUAUGGCGUAAUCAAGUCAAAAAAGGUAGCAGAAGUAAUGGAGACCAUUGAUAGGGGAUUGUUUGUACCUGAUGGGAACCCACCUUAUGUCGACAGCCCUAUGCAGAUAGGCUAUAAUGCUACGAUAUCUGCACCUCAUAUGCAUGCCACAUGCCUAGAACUGUUGGAGGAUCAUUUGCAGCCUGGAAUGCGUGCAUUAGAUGUUGGUUCAGGAACUGGGUACUUGACAGCAUGCUUUGCAAUGAUGGUUGGACCAGAAGGCCUUGCAAUCGGUAUAGAACACAUUCCUGAGCUGGUCACUACUUCCAUUGAAAAUAUCAAAAAGAGCGCAGCAGCAUCAAUGCUGAAGGAUGGUUCCCUAGCUAUACAUGUUGGCGAUGGCAGGCUUGGCUGGCCAGAACAUGCACCCUACGAUGCUAUUCAUGUGGGGGCUGCAGCAUCGGAAAUCCCACAGCCACUCAUCGAUCAGUUAAAGCCAGGUGGCAGAAUGGUGAUUCCAGUUGGAAACAUUUUUCAGGAUCUGAAGGUUGUAGACAAGAAGGCGGACGGGUCUGUCAACAUCCGGAGUGAGACGUCUGUUCGUUAUGUUCCACUCACAAGUCGGGCAGCUCAGUUGCAAGAUUCCUAAUGCUGGGAUGCUGGGUGGGCCAUCAAAUCUGGUAAGACGGUUCUGCAAUUCUGAGAUAGACACUGGUCAUGUGGUGCUGUGAUGAUAGACGUGAUGUUUCUGUAUAUACUAGAUCCAACCUUCUAGAAUGUAUAGCUUGAAGAGUUUUUGAAGCAUCUCUACUCGUUUUACAUCUUUAAUUCCACCCUUCUUUGUAUA